UCUUCCUCUGCUGCUUUCCAACGUCUCUCUGCCUCUCGCCUCUGAUAAUUCAAUUCCACACACUCUCUCUCUCUCUCUCUACAUCAAUCCAAAUAUCCUUGCAUCAAUGCGUAGCAGCAGAAGCUCACAUUUCUCGCAAUUCACUCACGUAAAUAUGUAUACACACACACCCCACUCUAUCUGUUUAUAGGAAACAAAACAAGAGAGCCACUUUACCCUCUGAAGAAUUUCAGAAGAAAGGCGGUUUCUUGGUUUAAUUUUGUGAGAUGUGGUGGCGGCUGGCGGUGGUGCUGGGAUUGGUGGUUGUUGGGGGUGUUUAUGGCUUCCCCGAGGAGAAUCUAGUGGUGGGACUGCCAGGUCAGCCGCCGGUGAAGUUCAGGCAGUAUGCAGGCUAUGUCGACGUGGAUCUCAAAAAUGGGAGGAGUUUGUUUUACUAUUUUGUGGAAGCUGCUGAAGACCCUCACCACAAGCCCUUGACUUUAUGGCUCAAUGGAGGUCCGGGUUGCUCAUCUAUGGGAGGAGGUGCGUUCACGGAGUUAGGCCCUUUCUUCCCUAGAGGCGAUGGUCGCAGCCUCAGAAUAAACUCAAAAUCAUGGAACAAAGCGUCGAAUCUUCUGUUUGUUGAGUCUCCAGCGGGUGUAGGAUGGUCGUAUUCAAAUACCAGCUCAGACUACAAUUGUGGCGAUGCAUCCACAGCAAUGGAUAUGCACAUGUUCAUGAUGGAAUGGUAUAAGAAAUUUCCUGCGUUCCGAACCAGAGAUUUAUUUCUCACUGGUGAAAGUUAUGCUGGGCAUUACAUCCCGCAAUUAGCUAUUGCUCUUCUCGACCACAACGAGCAUUCUAAAUACUUCAAGUUUAAUAUCAAGGGUGUUGCUAUUGGCAACCCGCUUCUGAGGCUUGAUCGUGAUGUCCCAGCAACGUACGAAUUCUUCUGGUCACAUGGAAUGAUUUCGGAUGAAGUUGGACUUGCCAUCAUGAAUGACUGUGAUUUCGACGAUUACACAUUCGCUAGCCCACACAAUGUGUCUAAAUCCUGCAACGAGGCCAUAUCCGAGGCAAAUGAGAUUGUUGGUGAAUAUGUUAACAAUUAUGAUGUAAUUCUGGAUGUGUGCUAUCCAUCCAUUGUAGAGCAAGAACUGCGUCUCAAGAAACUGGCUACCAAGAUCAGUGUUGGAGUAGACGUCUGCAUGAGCUACGAGAGGCGCUUCUACUUCAACCUUCCCGAGGUUCAAAAGGCAUUACACGCAAAUCGAACCAAUCUACCAUAUCGGUGGUCUAUGUGCAGUGGCGUUCUGAAUUACAACGAGGCAGACGGUAACAUUGACAUUCUUCCUUUGCUAAAGAGGAUCAUUCGAAACCACAUUCCUGUUUGGAUUUUUAGCGGGGAUCAAGAUUCCGUUGUACCUUUACUUGGUUCACGUACAUUAGUGCGCGAGCUUGCUCAUGAUCUCGCGCUCAAGAUCACAGUCCCGUAUGGAGCUUGGUUCCAUAAAGGACAGGUGGGAGGUUGGGUGACUGAGUAUGGAAACUUGCUGACUUUCGCAACGGUUAGGGGUGCUGCUCAUAUGGUGCCAUAUGCACAGCCAUCAAGGGCUCUGCAUCUCUUCAGCUCGUUUGUCCGAGGCCGGCAACUGCCAAACAGCACCCGGCCUUCCAUUGAUGAAUAAGGAUGACUAAAGUGAGCUUGGUGUUUUGGAUUUGAUUCAGAGUUAUUUAUGUUAGAGUUUGAUUUCUUCUGCCAUUUCUUAGAUGUUGUAACAAGAAAGGAAAAUCACAUAAAUGAUGGUGUAUUCAUUUUUUCUUUGUGAAAGUGAAUGGUGAUACUAUAUAGAUUUAAUCAUUAUAAGUA